AUGGACAAUAUUACCCAGAUAUACUCCAAUACUUCUUCAAUACGAUUUUCAAGCUUAGAAGAGGUCAAUAGGUCAAUAGCCGUAUUACGUCUUCCGACGGUGAUCUUUUUGAUAAUUUUGAUAAUCGUUGGACUAAUUGGAAACACAGUUGUACUUGUCAUAUAUUCCCAGAAGUAUCCACCCUCAACAUUCCGAUUGUACAUUCUGACUUUAGCGGUGCUUGACUUGCUGUCUUGCUUGAUUCCAAUGCCAUUGGAAAUCGCCGACAAUGUAUACCCGGUGAUGUUUUACAGCGAGCCAAUCUGUAAAUAUGGCCGUUUUUUAGGUAGUGUCCUUAAGAUUGGAUCUGCAUUUGUUCUUGUUGUAAUAGCAGCGAGCAGGUAUAAAAGGAUAUGUCAUCCAUUAUCCAAGGCCACCAGCUUAUUGCAGGCUCGUAUUUGCUGUGCAUUAGCGAUAGUUCUUGCUAUUGCAUUUUCGUGGCCAAAUGCAAUCUUUCAAGGGAUAAAACGUGUGUAUUUUCCAGGGAAUAUUACUGGUUUUGAUUGUUCUAUUGAUGACGCGGCUAUAAACACCAAAUAUCCCUUUAUCUAUUCUGUUAUACUUUUUGUUGUGUAUGUAACGGUGUUUUUGUUAUUAACUUCCUUGUACUCUCUUGUCAUCGUGUCCCUCCGAAAACAAGCGAAAAAACAAAGAACUAAAAAUCUCGGUGAAAGACUUGAGAAAACAAACCCAAGAAUUACGAAACUUAUGAUUGCAAUCACAGCGGCGUUUAUAUUGUGCUAUUUACCAGACUGUGUAAUGGAUGCUGUGUCUGCCUUCAAGAGAGGACCCAUUUUCCCACCAAGUAGCUUUAUCUUGGGGACACUUCCUCUUUUAGACAGAGCAUUUUUCAUCAACAAUGUCAUCAACCCUUUCAUAUAUUUGAUCGGAGAAUCGGAAUUCCGAGAUAUCGUAAAACAGUCAUUCAGAUGGAUUUUCUACACCAUCUGUUGUCGUCCUCAAAAACGAAUGAAGAGCUUCGCCAUGGAAGAGUAAUUUGCUUAACGGAAAUAUAAUCUAACCACGACUUAAAUGUUGAUAUUGAUGUAUAUAUGAAGUCAUUGUGUUGCCCUAAAUCAUUUGUUUUGCAGAAGGAUAUUGAGUGUGAUGGUGCAAA